AUGGAGAUAUUGCUUGAUAGCAGCGUGCAAGACUGGGUUCCGCUCUCACAUCGACAUGUGCUCUUGCAAUCGAUGGUCUCCGCGGUCUCGGGCAAGAUGCUGAACCCUAUGAAGUCCACAGCUUCCAGUUCAGCAAUGGCGAAGUCCGAUAGUGGCCAGAAGUUGGCAGCUCCACGUGCCCUGGCGGAGAGCCGUGCGCUGCACCGGCUCUUUGACAGAUCCAGGAACGACGAGACGGAAGUGAAAGCCAUGAUGCUGCAGGGCCCAGCGGGGAGAGCCCUCCUUGCCAUUGGCUCUCAGGAUGACCACGAUGUAGCGAGCCGCGCAGCCGCGAACAUCCAGCGCCGGACUGAACAGCGGCCUGGCGCCAAAGGCGUUCAAGUGGAUCACCCCGGCAAAGCGCUGGAGACUUCCAAGACCACGCUGCACUUUGGAGCAGUCUACGAGCAUCGGGAUUUUAGUGGCAAGCCUCGGCUGAUUGGCUCCACGGACAAAGUGCCCGAGCAACAGUUUGAGCUCGACUGGACCACCAGCGAUGCAGUGAAAUCGCUUGGCAAAGAUGGGAUGCGCUCGGAGCUGGUGUGGGCGGCCGUCGGCUCCGGUUUAAUCGGUGCCGCAGAGAUGGCAGAGGUACGCCAGUCCGUGAUGGAUGCAAGAAGCGACCGACUGAAAGUUGAGCCAAGCUGCAAUUCGAGCUGCUCCCAGGGGCAGGCAUGGCCUGCAUGGGGCUCCUCCGCGCCCUCUUCAGAGGCUAGGGCUGCAUCCUUCUCCUCCGAAUCUUCCGACGAUGAGAGGAAGUCGAAGAAGGAGCGUUUGCGCGAGCUUGUACUCUGGUUGCAAGACUUCCAGGUGCACAAAUUUACUGCCGAAGCCCUGAAGGGGGUCGACUGUACUGUAGUCGAGCGGAAGACGCUCGGUAGGGUAGAGGCCGUGUACAAAUUGGAUCCGUCUGUCAGCUGGUUGAAGUUUAGCAGCUCGAGUGGAACGCCACUUGCUGCUGUGCAGCUUCCGUGGAUCUCGCGAUUGACUUCCUUGCAGCACUUGCCUGCAUAUGAGCAGGAGGACCUCCUGGGGAAAUCCAGCUCUGACGUCGGUCGCAGCAUCCUCGUGAGCUCCGGUAGUCAUGCCGAUGCUGGUCGUGUUCCGCAAUCCGUCACUCUGGUAAUGAAGGAUGCCAAAGAAAUGGAGCGCUUCCUCACCUGCGUGUUCCGGCAGAAGCCAUUACUCGUACCGCAGAGAGAAGCGGUAGCAGGGCACGACUGUCUGCAUGCUUCAAGCAGUCGGGGCCGGUGA